AUGGCGAAGUUCCCGGAGAAGAAGCUAAAACUUGCUAUAAUAAUUGCAAGUGUAAGCAUAUGUGUCAUCUUGCUCCUCUUUUUACUGGGAGUUCUUCAACGGAUAUACAACUCAGAGGAGGGUCCUGAUGCUGAAAAUAUAAAAGAUCCACACUUGAAGGUCUCCUAUGCUGAUUUGCUAAGAGCAACAAAUGAUUUCUCUUUGACAAAUCUGAUUGGGGUUGGAAGCUUUGGUUCAGUGUACAAAGGAGCACUGAACUGUGGUGAACACAACAUAGUCGCAAUCAAGGUACUAAACCUGCAACAAAAAGGAGCAUCAAAAAGUUUCAUCACUGAAUGUGAAGCAUUGAGAAACAUCAGGCAUCGAAAUCUAGUUAAGAAUUUAACAGCUUGUGCAAGUACAGAUUUCCGAGGUAAUGAUUUCAAAGCACUAGUUUACGAGUUCAUGCCAAAUGGAAGUUUAGAGAAGUGGUUGCAUGCAGACGCAAAUGAGCAGCAUCAGACAGAGAGAUUAAGCUUCAUUCAGAGGUUAAAUAUAUUGAUUGAUGUGGCCUCUGCACUAGAUUACCUCCACCAUCAUGGCGGUGAGCCAAUUGUCCACUGCGAUAUAAAGCCAAGCAAUGUUCUGUUGGAUGACAAUAUGGUAGCUCGUAUAGGAGAUUUCGGAUUGGCAAAGUUCCUAAACAGAAUUCCUAAGGAGGCACUUCAAAGAUCAUCUAGCUCUAUGAUGUUGAAGGGAUCCAUUGGUUAUGUGGCUCCAGAGUAUGGAGUGGCAAAUAAAGUUUCGCCUGAAGGGGAUGUCUACAGCUACGGAGUCCUUGUGCUAGAAAUGCUCACAGGGAAGCGACCUACCGGUGAAACUUCCAACGAUGGUCUCAGUCUUCCUCGUUACGUUGAAAAGGCAAUUCCUGACCGAGUUGCAGAAAUUAUGGAUCCAUCCAUGAAUUUUUGGCAAGAACUAGAAGAAGCAACAGCUCUACCCAGACAAAACACACAAGAUAUUCGUCAGAAGGCAGUGGAGAGCGUUACGUCGUUGCUCAUGAUCGGCGUUGGGUGCACAAAGGAAUCACCCGAAGAGAGAAUGCAGAUGGGGGAUGUGAUUAGCGAAUUAGCUGCCAUAAGGAAACCAUACCUGGAACUGAACAUGUAG